CAAAACCAAAUUGGCUCUCGCUAGGACCUGGAGGAGCGCCGGUGGGUGUUCCAGACGUGACAGAGUGGAGCACGAGCACGGAAGUCACAUUUCUGGUGAUGGCUCAGCAGGCCGGGGCUGGGCGCAGGUAUAUCCGGGCGUUUGUGAGCGGCUUCUUCGUGGCAGUGCCCGUCACUGUCACUGUUCUGGACCGCUUUGCCUAUGUAGCACGAGUAGAAGGAGCCUCAAUGCAGCCCUCCCUGAAUCCUGAGGGGAAUGUGACAGGGUCUGACGUGGUGCUCCUGAACCGCUGGAGUGUGAGGAACUACCAAGUACGACGAGGUGACAUCGUAUCAGUCCUGGCAACUAAACGGGCUGAAGUCAGCAGAGGCAAACGCAUAGAUGCAUACCCUACUGUACACACAGUGGCGAGGUCUCCCAAGAACCCCCAGCAGAAGAUCAUCAAGCGAGUCAUAGCACUUGAGGGAGACUUCAUCAAGACGCUUGGCUAUAAGAACCGCUAUCUCAGGGUCCCUGAUGGCCACUUUUGGAUCGAGGGGGACCAUCACGGCCACAGUCUGGACAGCAACAGCUUUGGACCGGUGUCUCUGGGGUUGGUCCAUGGCCGUGCCUCCCACAUCAUCUGGCCGCCCAAUCGGUGGCAGAGGAUCGAGCCGUCCCUCCCCCCUGAGCGGAAGCCCUUGUUGAACUGGCACGGGGACACAACAGAGGAGGAGGACUGAGGAGAGGCCUGCUCAUGGCUGUAUACAUACUGUACCUACCUACACACUCUCUCUCUCUAUCAUACAGUACAUGUGAAAAUGUCAUAGUCCUCUGAUGUGGCACAGUUAUGACAUCUCUUUGUUGUUGAGAAGCUGAACAUGUCAAUGGAUCAGAUACCCAUUACCCAUACAGUUGCGGCCAAAUAUAUUGGCACCCUUGCACUUUUCUUAAAUAAUUGCCUAUUUCUUCUACAAUAAGUUGAAAUAGAAAAAGAAAGUUUGGUUUCCAAACCUUGUUAUUGGAUUUUCAACAUUGCAGAACCAAUUACAUGUUUGUAAAUGUAAGUUUAACAUUUUAUUUAAAACAUAAAGACAAAUGGCAUGGAUACAAUCGGCACCCCGGAGCUAGUACUUGGUUGCACAGCCUUUGUCCAAGGUAACUGCCAAGAAAUGCUUCUUGUAGCCAUCAUGAGCUUGCUGCACAUUUCUACUAUUUUCACCUCUCGCCAUAGGUUAUGGAUGUGAUUCAGAUCUGGACUCUUCACUGGCCACUCCAGAACAGUCCAGGGUGAUUUAUAUGUGUGUUGUUGUCCUACUGUGGAAGACAGUUUUUGGACACUGGGUUGAACAUUGCACUCCAAAACACCUUGAUAAUCUGCUGAUUUCAUGUCUUGCACACAUUCAAGGCGCCCAGUACCAGAGGCAGCAAAGCAACCCCACAGCAUCAUCGAACCUCCUCCAUAAUUGAUUUUAGUCGUUGGUAAACAUAGGAAGACCCCACUGCUGAAGGAGACACAAGUAAGCCUGAUUGAUUGAACUUCUCAGAAACCCACCUAAACAAGGCUAAAUCCUGGGGGAAAUGUUCUGUGGACCAUUUAAACAAAAUUAGAGCUCUUUGGCAAUACAGAUCAGCGCUCUGUUUACUGGCCUCCAAAUGAAGCGUUCAAUGAAAAGAACACCCUCCCUACAAUGAAAAAUAAUGGAGGUUUGAUAAUACUGUGGUGUUGUUUUGCUGCCUCUGGUACUGGGGACCUUGGCCAGCAAAAAGUCCAGAUCUGAAUUACAUCCAAAACCUAUGGCGAGCAGUUGGUACAGGGCACCCAUCAAAUAUUGAAUAAUUAGAGCAGUUUGCUGCUGAAAAGUGGGCCAAAUUGCCAAUAGAAAGGUGCAGAAAGCUUAUUGAUGGCUACAAGAAGCGUUUGUCUGCAGUUAUAUUGGCCAAAGGCUGUGCAACCAAGUACUAGCUCCGGGGUGCCAAUCAUUUUGUCCAUGCCAUUUGUCUUUGUUUUCUACAUUAAAAUUGUAAACUUAUGUUUACAAAAAUAAAAUUGGUUCUACAAUAUUGAAAAUCCAAUAAGUUGACCAAAAGUUUUUUUAAAUGUCAACUUAUUUGAGAAGAAAUAGGGAAUUAUUUAAGAAAAGUGCAAGGGUGCUAAUAUAUUUGGCCGCAACUGUAUGUCUCAGUGGCCAAUUGUAAAAAAAUGAAUAAAAAAUAACACAUUUUGCAACCAUGUAAUGUGAACAACUGAACGCUGAGAUAUAGAUUUGUGUGUUGUGUUGUCAGAUUUUCAGACUAGUGCAGUACCAUGUUAUUAUUUGUAUGGAAAGAUGAAAGUAAAACUGAUUGGGCUUUGAAGGAGCCUGUGGCAUGAAAGGCUGAUUGAAACUACCUUGAUUUAUACAUUAAACACUUGAUACAUGGACUUCA